AUGGCAACCAUACACAGGGUAACCGCGUCAUCGUCACACAAUGGCCACGAUUCCACGGCCGAAGUUCAACCUCUUCUUGGCUCCCCGGCGCUGGCCGUCAAAUCACCCGGAGUCGCUAGGAUCGAAGUCAUUAACUCCUCACUUACCAAAAAUGAUCGCAUCAUGAUGUUCCUCGGCGUGUUCAUGGUCGGAUACGCCUACGGCCUGGACAGUCAAGUACGCUCGACUUACCAAUCCUACGCCACUUCCAGCUUUGGUGAACAUUCACUACUAGCGACCGUGAACGUGGUCCGUAGUGUGAUUGCCGCAGCCGCCCAACCAGCCGCCGCUCGCAUCGCCGACGUAUUCGGAAGAUUCGAACUCGUGGCUGUGUCGAUGGUUCUCUACUUGAUUGGGACAACGGUGGAAAGCUGUGCGACGUCGAUCGAGAUGUUCUCCGCGGGCACGGUGCUCUAUCAACUCGGCUAUACGGGGAUUGUGCUAUUGGUGGAGAUUAUCAUUGCGGAUAUUACGUCGAUGCGGUCGCGGGUGUUUUUCAGCUAUCUCCCUGCUACGCCGUUUCUCAUCAAUACGUGGAUUAGUGGGACUAUUACCUCCGCUGUUGUGAAUAAGACCGGGUGGAGAUGGGGAAUCGGCAUGUGGUGUAUUAUCUAUACGGUUUGCUCGCUGCCUCUGCUUUGGACCUUGUAUUACACGAGCCGGCGUGCACAGAAGGCUGGAUCGCUGGAGUACCAUCCGAGUCCACUGCGGUAUUUUGGGACGCGUCGUUUGGUCGUGGAUAUGUUUCAUCAGCUGGACGUUGUUGGUAUAUUUCUGAUGAUCGCCAUUUUCGGUCUCAUUCUUGCACCACUUACAAUUGCCGGUGGGAUAGAAUCACAAUGGCGAUCUCCGGUUAUCAUCACACCUCUUAUCGUUGGUGUGCUGUGCAUACCGAUGUUCAUAUUCUGGGAAACGAGAGGCGCAAGACAUCCCCUUGCUCCGUUUGAUCUUCUCAAGGAUCGUGGGAUCUGGAGUGCGCUUGCCAUUCGAUGUCUUCUCAAUUUCUCAUGGUAUCUCCAAGCAGACUACCUCUAUACAGUUCUGAUCGUUGCAUUCGACUUUUCUGUCGCCACUGCAACGCGGAUCCAGUCAUUCUACUCGUUCUUUGGGUUGAUCAGCGGGCUGAUCACUGGGGUUAUCAUCUACCGAACCCGCAGGCUAAAAUUCUUGAUUAUAUUUGGCACUUGCCUCUUCAUGAUGGCAUACGGACUAGUCCUCUAUUUCCGAGGCGGUGCUGAUGGGGGAUCCAAAGCCGGAGUCAUCACUGCACAAAUCUUACUCGGUCUUGCCGGCGGAUUUUUCGCAUACCCAACACAAGCAUCAGUCCAAGCAGCCACGACACACGAGCACAUGGCCGUUCUCACAGGCAUUUACCUCGGCUCAUUCAACAUCGGAAGCGCCCUCGGAACCUGUGUAUCCGGGGCCAUCUGGACACAGACUCUGUAUAAAUCACUGGUUGAGAACUUGGAGUUCCAGUCCAAUUCCACUUUGGCGCAUGCCGUCUAUGAUUCACCCUUUGAAGUCAUUCCAUCCUAUCCGAUUGGUACACCGGAGAGAAGUGCGAUCAUUGAUAGCUACCGGCAUGUGCAGAGACUUCUAUGUGUUACUGGAAUAUGUCUUGCUGCGCCGAUGAUUGCCUUGGCAUUCGUUUUGCGAAAUCCCAAGCUCUCCAAGGAACAGAGCCAGCCUGAGGCGGAGAGAGAAGAUUAA